UUUCACCUCAACCCCCAACAAUCUACCAUUGGACUCCGAAACGUAAAAUCUUUUGGAACAGAAGGACGAAGGAAGGAUGAGCCUCAGGUGCUUCCAAGUGACAAAAUUUAUGAGUACAUAUUCUUUCGAGGAAGUGACAUUGAGGAUCUGCAGGUCAUAUCGUCGCCACCUGUUCAGAGUACCACAGCUGUACCCAAUGAUCCUGCUAUCAUUCAGUUUCAUUAUCCUUGCCUACCAUCAGCAUCUUCCAGCUAUCCACCUGAUAGUGCUGUCCCUGCAACAAAUAUUAGUUCCAAUACACGAUUGGGACACCCCAAUUCAACUUUCCAAGGGAAUCUUCCUCUAAAUCAACCUGUGGGAAGCUUAGGAUCUUGGAGUUCAUUGCCUCCUCCUCCAACUGCAUAUGGUAAUGCGUUUUCCAUGCCAACUUAUUGGCCACGACACAGUGGGACCUCUGGGGGAGUUUCUUAUUUGCAACAGCAAUCAUUGCUUCGACCACCACAAGGUUUUCCAGUGUCUCCUCUGGUGCAACAUCAGAUGCAAAAUCCCACCACAAAUACAUCUUUACCAGGCAAUGCAUCAAAUUUUGCAGAAUUCUCGAGUCCCAUGCUGCCAACAGUUGGUACUGGUUUCCCAAGUUUAACCUCCAACAUGCCUCCUCCAUUAGCACUUCUAUCAACUGUCCCUACCAGACAAUCUGCUACAUUGCCUUCUAAAUUAUCACCUAAUCUGAUGCCAAAUAAUGCUUCUAAUGCUCUUCCUACUGUAACUGUGGGUUCUAAUUCAACAUUAGCAUCUCCUUUGACAACUUCUAGUCUGGAUAUGAAUCCUGUUGUACCUCCAGUCAUGGACAAACCUAAACCAGUCUUUGACCCUGCAUUGCCUAAUCAAACUAUUUCUCAAUCUAUGCCGUCUGUUGUUGGGUUGUCCAGUCCAGUUCACAGCGAGUCAUCAAUACCAUCUCUAUUGACCGUGGGCCAGCUUUUGCAGCCUGGGUCCACAGGACAAUCUUCACCUCAUUUGCAGACUGCUCGUAGAGACAUAGAAGUUGAUCAAACAUCAACAUCAGAAUCAGUGUCAUCAGAUUCAAAAAAUGCUAACAAUCCAGCAGAGUCAUUUCAAUCUCCAUAUGCUGCAAAGUUGAAUGGAGCUGCUUUGCACUCUCAUGAUAGUAAUAAGCGUCAUGUACAGGGAAGAGGAAACACUCCGAAUAAAACUGCUCCACACCUUCAUCACUGUGAGAGAGACCAUGCAAGGGGAAAAGGAAACUGGCUCAAUGGAGCUGCUUUACGCAGUCAUUACAAUUAUAGAGGCCAUGCAAGGGGAAGAGCAAAUGUGCUCAAUGGAGCUGUUUUACACAGUCAUCACAGUUGUAGAGACCAUGCAAGGGGAAGAGCAAAUCUGAAUGGAGCUGCCUUACACACUCAUCAGCGUAAUAGAGGCCAUUUUCGGGGUAGAGAAAAUGGGCCAAAAACCGCUUCAGUACAGACUCAUCACAGUUAUAGGGGUUGUGGAUGGAGAAAUGGAACUGAGGUCUGCCCUACAACAACCAAAUUUACCGAAGAUUUUGAUUUUGAGGCGAUGAAUGAAAAAUUCAACAAGGAGAAAAUAUGGGGUCACCUUGGCAAAAAGAACAAGACUACUUUAGAAGACGAUGAGGGGGAGGAAAACAACAAUGAUGCAAAUGUUGCAGAAGAAGAAGAUGAAGAUGGGUUAAUAAAAUUUGUCAUGAAGUCUUUUUAUGUAAAGGACAACUUCUUCGAUUCACUUUCUUGCAAUUCACCCAAUCAUGAGUUGGGGAGAGGAAGGGCCAACUUGUCUGAACAAAGGAGAAUAGAUAUCGAGACUUUUGGCGAAAUUCCAAGACAUCAACGUGGUCAUAGCAGCCAAGGAGGGCCAGGCUGGGGUGGGCAGUUGCAAGGUGGCUUCUAUCGUGGAAGGGGAUAUGGGUAUGUGGGUAAGGGUCGAGGGCGGACUGUUUGGUGUCGUGUGACCUAGCUGGCUUUAUUGUCUCAGGUUUUAUCAUUGUGUAGGAUCUAGAAAAGAGUCUUAACAGCUUUUUGAGUUGGUAACU